AAAAUAGUGAAAAACUGAACAAAUCCCACCUCCUCGUCUGUUUCUGGUUGCAGCACUCCACAUGAUGCACCCCCCCACACACACACACACACACACACACUCCUUCUCCUGUUUAAAAUGCAGCUCACGUGCACGUGCGUGCACGUGAGCUGCAUUUUAAACAGGAGAAGGAGUGUGAAUGUGCACGCACGCAUUCACACUCCUUUUUCCUCCACCUCUCUCCAGUCGGACCGAGGGCGACGACUGAAUCUGACUCUUUUUUUUACCCCCCUUGCUUUUUUAAAUCAGCCUGGAUCAUAUCGAGGUUCAAACAGAGAUGUGGCAAAGAAAAACCAAAACAGGCAGCACAGCUCUGAUGCUUUCACAGAAACAAACAAGAAGAAAUGCUGCCAUUAGAAGCAGUUCAACAUAAUGGAUCUGUUUCAAGGCUUGAUUUUUUUUCCUCCUCAUCUCUCUCUCUCCCCACAUCUCCGCUCUCUCCUCUGUCAGUCAUGUGGGAAGCUCGGUGAAUGCGGCUGCAGAAGGAGGCGGCAUACUGAUCCCGGAGAAAGGAGGGAGGAGGGGGGAGGCGCAAAUACUCUCUCCUCUUCUGCAUUUUGGAUAUAAAUCUAUUUAUAUAUUUUAAAAAAAAAAACAGAUAAGAAUGCUUUAGCAGUCCCUCGGCUUCCCCUCCAUCAGUUUUAUCUCACCGGACUCUCUCAGGAGGAGGAGGAGGAGGAGGAGGAGGAGGUGUGGGGAGGAUGGAAGCAGUGCGCGCAGACUUUCAGCUCUCACUUGCACCACAGCGGACUGAAGGCUGAAUAACUGCAUUAUACUUUUUUUUCUCCUGUCUCUCCUCCUUGUUGGGUUUCUGCUGAUCAGGCUCUUUGCUCCGGUUUUGGUUUUGCAAAAAAGGAGAUUUAUUCCCAACGUCUUCUCCUCUGGAUGAGAAGAAUUACUGGAGAAAAUGACUGGAGAACAGAGUCCGCUCCUUCUUUUUUGCGCUUUAAAGCUGUAGCCCUUGUGCGCAACUUGGCUGGAAAAAAACCCCAGGAUUGUAUUUUUAUUCUUUGGAUGCUGGAGGGCUCCUUCUCAUCCUUCACUCUUUUCUUCCWCAAUCGCAAAACACAAGGAAAAAGAACAGAAUUAUGGACUUUUUUCGUCACCUUGCGCUCCUUUUCUUGCUUUGGAAUUGCAGGACGCGCUGUCGAGCUCUCUGAAACAGCCCCCUCUCUGCCUCACCCUGCCUGGUGUCUUUGCCUUGCUGUCCCCUCUCAGAGCAGAUGGAGGUAGUACAGCCGCUCUGGGGGCCUAACGAGCAGAGGGGAGAUUUUUCCAAGCAAAAGGAGCCCAUCAGCAAGAGACGCAUUGGAUGAAAUCGGACCCUCCUUACACCCCUCCUCUGUUUCCUCCCCCCCUCCGCGCACUCCUCUUUCUUUUGCUCCACUGGUUUUGAGCUUUGGUCAACCUGCACGGAGUGUCAUAGAAGGAGGGGGGCACACAGGGGGGAACCUUGUUGCACCCUGAAACAUGUCGGUGUCCAGCUGGGAGGACGGUUUGCGCACAUUUCACCGAUGCUGCCCGGCGUCUCCUGAGGGAGCCGCAUUUGUUGCCACCCCACUUUUGGGUUACUAAAUGGUUUUCUGGGGAUGGAUUUCUAACCGACGAGAUGCUGCUCAUACACCUGCUGGCAGCGUUUCUUUCUUCCAUCUCGAGCUCCCUCUCCUCCUCCCUCUCCUCCAUGUCAAAUGGACCCCCAGUGGCAGAGCCGACUGCCUCGGACUUGAUGGCGGAGACCUGCAGCGCCUGUUUCUGCAUGUCCGUGGAGAACGUGCUGUACGUCAACUGCGAGAAGAUCACGGUCUACCGGCCCACGCAGCUCAUCCCGCCAGCUUCRUCCCUGUACCACCUGAACUUCCAGAACAACUUUUUAAUCAUCCUUUACCCAAACUCAUUCCUCAACUUCACCCACGCCGUGUCUCUGCAGCUGGGGAACAAUAAAUUGCAGAACAUCGAAGGUGGAGCUUUCGCUGGGAUGAGUGCACUGAAGCAACUGCACCUGAACAAUAAUGAGUUGAAGGUGCUGCGAGCUGACACCUUCCAAGGUAUCGAAAACUUGGAAUACCUUCAGGCUGACUACAACCUGAUCAAAUACAUUGAAAAGGGAGCAUUUAAUAAACUGCACAAGCUUAAAGUGCUGAUUCUGAAUGACAAUCUCAUACAGGCAAUGCCUGACAACAUAUUUCGCUUUGCCUCACUCACACACUUGGAUAUAAGAGGCAACAGGAUCCAGAACCUUCCUUAUUUAGGGGUUCUGGAACAUAUCGGGCGCAUUGUAGAGCUGCAGCUGGAUGACAACCCCUGGAACUGUACCUGUGAUUUAGCACCUCUGAAAGCAUGGCUUGAAAACAUGCCCUAUAAUAUUUUUAUAGGUGAGGCCAUUUGUGAAACACCGAGUGACUUAUAUGGGAGGCUCCUGAAAGAAACGAACAGACAAGAGCUGUGCCCCAUGGGAACAGGAAGUGAGUUUGAUGUUCGGAUGCCACCAGCGACGUCUGAUGAUAGGCAGAUGCCAUCCAAAAUAUCCCCAACCACCGUGGCUCCCCUUGCUACAAAAUCACCAAAAAGCACUGACUCGUCUAAGGUUUAUGGGAAUGGGAUUGUGGCUGGUUUGCCUCCGUUUGGAAGAAACAGCCAGAUUAUUUCUUUUCAGACGCGAACUCCUCCAAUGUUGUGUCCACAGCCGUGCAGCUGUAAAGCCCACCCCUCUGACUUUGGYAUUAGUGUAAGCUGUCAGGAGAGAAAUAUAAGGAUUCUAGCUGAUCUCAUUCCCAAACCUCCAAAUGCCAAGAAGCUUCACCUAAGUGGAAAUUAUAUUCGUGACAUCAGCCCAACUGAUUUCCAAGGGUUUGAGGGCUUAGAUUUGCUUCAUCUUGGCAGCAAUCAAAUCGCCACAUUACAGAAAGGUGUGUUUGCUAACCUCACCAACCUGAGGAGACUGUAUCUGAAUGGAAAYCAGCUGGAACAGUUACACCCAGAGAUGUUUUUGGGGCUGACAAACCUUCAGUACCUUUAUUUGGAAUACAACGCCAUAAAAGAAAUUUUAGCUGGCACGUUUGAUUCCAUGCCAAAUUUACAGCUCCUGUAUCUCAACAACAAYGUUCUACGGAGUCUCCCAGCCUAUAUCUUUGCAGGUGUCCCUUUAGCCAGACUCAAUCUAAAAAACAACCACUUCAUGACCCUGCCAGUGAGUGGCGUCCUGGACCAGCUGCGCUCGCUCAGCCAGAUAGACUUAGAGGGAAACCCGUGGGAGUGCUCCUGUGAUCUGGUUGCUCUCAAACUCUGGCUACACAAGCUCGGUGAUGGAGUGGCUGCCAAAGAGGUAAAGUGUGCCUCUCCUGUGCAGUUUUCCAACACUGAGCUGCGUCUAAUAAAAAACGAAAUCCUCUGUCCUAAGCUCGCAAGGCCACCCUUUGUUGCCACGAGCGCCACCCCUUUUAUGACCUCGCUGUCACCCGCAGGAGUUGGCAAGGCACCCCCGGGAGGACCUGUGCCUCUCUCCAUUAUGAUCCUCAGUAUCCUUGUUGUGCUUAUCCUUACUGUGUUUGUGGCCUUCUGCCUUCUAGUCUUUGUCCUGAGGCGAAAUAAAAAGCCAGUGGGCAGGCAGGAGGGGCUGGGGAGUCAGGAGCGCGCCUCCAUGUCACUGCAGCUUCGCCGACACAGCCACAAAUCUGGAAAAAAAGGCUCCAUCCCAGGGGAUGAUUUAGGAGGUGAAACGUUCAUCCCCCAAACCAUCGAGCACAUCGGCAAGAGCCACACCUGUGGGAUCGGACGCUCCUCGGACAUGGAUGCUGGCUUCAAGUUUGCCGACUCUCAGAGACAAAAGAUCAUCUUUCGUUCUUGUGCCGACAAGGAUAAGGACGCUCUCUCCACCCUGGAGCGCAACAAGCGUCUCAGCACUAUUGACGAACUCGAGGAGUUCCUUCCCAACCGGGAGCCCAGCAUGUUCAUCCAUAACUUCUUGGACAGCAAAAGAGAUUUCAACAGUAUAGGGAUGGGUGGGUAUGAAAUCCGAUACCCGGAAAAGACAAUGGAUAAAAAGAUGAAGAAAUCAUCACUGAUAGGCGGGAACCACAGUAAAAUUGUGGUGGAGCAGAGGAAAAGGUCUUGAAAACAGUGCUUGAAAAUAUAUACCUCGCUGCCAUCAGCCCCUGUUUUACCACAAGAAAAGAAAAGGGAGAGCGUCAGUUGCUGCUCAUUUGAUCUGGAGAAAWAUUAAGACCUGCUCAUUUUUGGAAUGAAUUAGGAACUCGAUGGAUGCUCCUUUGUUUUGUCUUUUUCUUUCUGCGGGGUGGUCUGCUCCUGGGCAUCCUCUGUGAAGUCGGCUGAAGACUUUCUGCGAUCUUGUCUGGAUUACCUUUGGGUAACUGUACACCCGUGCUUUGCUGAGAGGAAAAACAGCUCCUGUUUUGCAUUAAUCUCAAUUGAAGGCACUACAAAACACUUCUUAGUUUUUGGGGGAAUGAUUUCAUGACUUGCUUUCUUUGUGUAAAGAGCCAUGUUAAAUAUAGUGUCUUCUGAAUGGAGUUGUGUUUCUCUUCGAAGUUGCUACUUGCAGUAAACAUGUUUUUUUGGGUGAAACCUAAUGGCACAUAAACUGUCAAAAGACGUUUCUUGAGAAAAAUGGGGGAAAAUAAGGAUUUUAAAAMCGUUACAAAGCUGCUUGCCAUGUAAGCGUAUCCUGGAAUUUAUUUUGUAAGUCUUACAUUGUUUGUAUCUGUGGGACUGGUUUGUAAAUUACAAGAAAAGACUAACAUCUCCAUAUGAACACACUGAUACUGUGUGAUGAAGCAUCUUCAAGAGACUGUCAGUCAAACAAACUGCUAAUAUAAUUCAGCUGGUGCCCAACGUCCCCCCAUCCCCCUUCUCAGCUCUUAAUUCAGAGUUAAAAAACAUAGUUAAUUUAUUUUUCUAUGCAGGAUUAUUUAAAAAAUAUAUUGGUAUUAUUUAAAAAAAGAGCAAUGCAUAGAGUGGAGAGGAGUUAAUAAUGGUUUUAGAGCUUAUUCAGGYCACAAUAAGUGACUGGCUAUUAGGGGUUUUGUUGUUUUCCAUUUUACAGAAAAGCCUGACUUUACAUAUGAAAGGUUGUAAAAUGUAAUCUGCAAUUUUCUGUUUGCCGAGCUGAGGUCUGAUAGUCUGUGACAUCCUGAGCAGUUUCCUGAUUCUUCUAUUUCCUCCCACAGUAUCUUGUAAAAGAUUUUCUUAUCGACAUUAUGCAACCAAAAUAAAUGUGCAUUAAACUCAAUCUGCUUCUGGGAUUGUUGGAAUGGGAAUAAAGGAGACGUAAUACGAUCAUGGGAAAGGCAACAAAUCGAAGCUCUAAAUAUUAGAUCCUGAAAAAAUCUUGGGGAAAAACACCCUGUGCUCAGACACGAUGGCUUCAAACCAUUUUGUUUAACUUAUUUAGUUCAAGUUGUUCUUCAAAAAUCUUUUAAACAUUUUAAUUCUAUCUGGUUCUUAUUUUUUAAGUACUGUUAAGUUAAAACUAUGAGUGUUUAUGACAUUACAAAUGAGUAGAAUGUAUCAUGGAAAGUAUAAUAAAUACAAUUUUCUAUUGGUCAUAAAUCUCCUGUAUAUUGGUUAAUUUUUCUUGUAUAAUCAUGUUGAAAUCAAGGUAUUAAAAUCAGCACCUAUUUCUA